AUGAACGGAAGCCCUAACCCUUGCCUCAAAGAGGAUCCACGUUAUCAUAGGGCGUGGGCUGACUAUCUCGUUAAAUGGGUGGACGCUUAUGAGAAAUUAGGAGUACCAAUAUGGGCGAUAACGCAACAGAACGAACCGCAGAAUUAUAUAACUCAAAAUUGGGCGACUUGCAUUUUCACACCCGAGGCUCAGCUCGCCUUUAUACGAGAUCAUUUGGGACCAGCGAUGAAGGCGGCGAAUAAAAGCACUAAGUUGUUAUUCAAUGAUGACGAUAAGAAUUUCCUACCAGAAGUUGCUAAGUUGAUUAUUGAGGAUGAUGUCGCGGCUGAGUAA